CGCCUUUGCUUCUCGAUGUAUUGAAAUAUCGACCGCGCAGGCGAUUAUUGAAGCCACAGCUUUACCUGGAUGAAACUGGUGCCAUUAGGCUGUGUGCUUGCACCUCAGGCGACUCUCAGAACGCUCCUGCCUUCUCAUUCUUCUUUCCACCUCCUGUCUCUGUCGCGGUCUCCGCUUGCGCCUGACCUCAUCUUCCUGACUUCUCGAUCUAUUACAUCCACCUCUAGAUAUCUCAACCUGCAGCAAACCUUCAUCAUGCCACAAGCAAGGCAGUCAACUCUCGGCAAAUUCCUCGGGAACACACAAAAUGGCACCAAAUCUAAAACCCAGUCCACUCUCUCCUUCAACCAAAAGUCGACAUCCAAGGGCAGGAAAGCGGAUGAUCCACCCGAGGAAGAGAUGGAUGUGUCCGCUGAUCCGAGAAAUGGACACGUGGACGAUGUCGAGAAUGGCAAGGAUGAAACCAACAAUUCCCCAAGCAGAAAACACAAGCUAGAGGGCGAAGAAGAGGAGGAUGACUCUGACGAUCAGCCUGUGGUCAAGAGACGGAGGAGAGCAUCUGCAUCCGAAAAUAAGCCCAAAGAUCCUCCAAAGACAAAUGGUGUCGCUGCCAAACUGGAAUCUAAAGUUGAUAUUGAAGAGACGUCUUCGAAAACGGUCCAGUUCGAGCAAGAGGAGCCGGAACUGUCAGAUCGAGACAGUGGUGUCUCAGAAGCCGACGAGGAUGUCUCUGCAAGUGAGGACGAGAACCUCAAGGUCGAUAAAAAACAAGCGGCCGAAAUUCAGGCCACGAUCAUAUCAACGGGAAAAGAUCCUUAUCCAGAUUGGAAGGCUGGCGAUCCUGUCCCGUACGCAGCACUGUGCACAACUUUCUCCUUGAUCGAACUCACAACAAAGCGUCUACAAAUCACAGCCUAUUGCUCGGCUUUUCUGCAGCAAGUUCUCCGAUUGACGCCUCAGGAUCUCCUGCCUACGAUCCAACUGAUGCUGAACAAACUCGCUGCAGACUACGCCGGUAUCGAACUUGGGAUAGGGGAGUCCCUGAUCAUGAAAGCCAUUGGAGAGAGCUCUGGCCGCUCGUUAUCGGUUAUCAAGGCAGACCAUCAAAAGAUUGGUGAUCUGGGCCUGGUUGCUGCCAAGAGUAAAUCUAAGCAGAGCCAGAUGUUUAAACCAAAGCCGCUCACAGUCCGAGGCGUCCAUCAGGGAUUACUUGACAUCGCCAAGAUGGAAGGGCAAGGCUCACAAGACCAGAAAGUUCGAGCUAUCAAUAAACUCAUGGCGUCUGCAGAUGUCUCAUCUGCAGGUAAAACUGUCGACAUCACCAAGGACAAAGGAGGGCCGUCCGAGGCCAAGUUCUUGGUUCGUUUUCUUGAAGGAAAACUGAGACUCGGCCUGGCAGAGAAAACCGUCAUCAUUGCGCUGGCACAGGCCGUAGUGACCCACGAGGCCGUGAAGGAAGGGAAGGUUCCCACCACAGAUCAGUUGGCGCAGGGAGAGGCCACGCUGAAAAUGGUUUACAGCCAGCUGCCUUCAUACGAAGUGAUCAUUCCUGCAAUGCUGGAACACGGCAUCUUCAACUUACACGAGACGUGCAAGUUGCAGCCAGGAGUGCCCCUGAAACCCAUGCUUGCCAAACCAACCAAGUCAAUCACCGAGGUGCUAGACCGGUUCGAGGGCAAGAACUUCACAUGCGAAUAUAAAUACGAUGGGGAGCGUUCGCAGAUCCACUACAUUGCCCCUGAAGCCAUGUCCGAAUACCCAGCAGCACAGAACACGCUAACCAAAGAUCCGAAGGCAUUCAAAGGUCUUGCAGCCGUUUUCUCAAGGAACUCGGAGGACCUUUCAAAGAAAUACCCCGACAUCCUAGAGAAACUCAACUCGUGGGUUAAGCCCUCGACGAAGAGUUUUGUCCUGGACUGCGAGACCGUCGCUUGGGAUCCUCAAAACAAGAAAAUCCUACCCUUCCAACAACUAAUGACUCGCAAGCGCAAAGACGUCAAGACCUCUGAAGUCACUGUCCAAGUAUGUGUGUUUGCCUUCGAUAUGCUCUUUUAUAAUGGCGAAGCACUUGUGCAGAAAUCAUUCCGUGAGAGACGGGAAAUCCUGCACGAUGCCUUCGUGCCGGUAGAGGGUGAAUUCCAAUUUGCCCAGUAUGGCGAUGCCAAGGACGUUGAAGAAAUUCAGCAUCUGCUCGAUGAUGCUGUCAAAGCAUCUUGCGAAGGCUUGAUGGUAAAGAUGCUCGACACGGAAGAAUCGGCCUACGAGCCAUCCAAGCGCUCGAGGAACUGGCUCAAAGUGAAGAAAGACUAUCUCUCCGGCAUAGGAGACUCCUUGGACCUUGUGGUCCUUGGUGCUUAUCAUGGCAAAGGCAAACGCACUUCCUGGUAUGGCGCCUUCCUCCUCGCCGCAUACAAUCCCGAUACCCAAAAUUUCGAAACAGUCUGCAACAUCGGCACCGGUUUUUCUGAAUCCCUGCUUGAGGAGCUCGCCAAGGAGCUCUCCGAAAUAGUGAUUGAGCGCCCCAAACCCUUUUACUCUCACUCGACCGUGAAGAACGAUCAACCAGACGUGUGGUUCGAGGCGCGCCAUGUCUGGGAAGUGAAGACGGCAGAUCUUACGUUGAGUCCUCGAUAUAGGGCCGCGAUCGACGAGAUGGGCGGCAAGAAUGGGAUCAGUCUUAGGUUUCCUCGGUUCAUCCAGCGGAGAGACGACAAGAAGCCCGAGGAGGCGACGACUAGCGCGCAAGUGGCGGAGAUGUACAGGAAGCAGGAGGUGAUGCAGAAGGAGCAAUCGACUAAAACUGGCGUGGACGACGACUUUGAGUAUUAGAACCGAGAAAGAAGACCACGAAUGGCAUGACACGAGGUGAUUGGGCACGUGGUGGGUGACUGCUGGUCUGAUUGACCAUCCAGUUGUUGGCCAACAUGAGCAGGAAGGUGGACUUGGAUGGUUGAUGGGGUCAUGAUAUGAUGUGAUGCCAUCAUUGCUCUACCGAAGCAUGAAUUUCUCAUUGUAUCAUCAAAUGAAUUUGCGACGGAAAAGAAAGAAUACAUUUACAAGGCGGCGGAUCUGGCUCCUCCCAGACCGUGCAUGGAGCUGUGAAAUGAAUAAUAGUAUAAGACAAGGAACUCCGCC